UAACGAUGGCAGGUUUCAGCGGUGACGAAACUGCUCCAUUCUUUGGCUUCCUUGGAGCUGCUGCUGCCCUUGUCUUCUCCUGUAUGGGAGCCGCUUACGGAACAGCAAAGAGUGGAGUAGGCGUGGCCUCUAUGGGAGUUAUGAGGCCAGAGCUCGUCAUGAAAUCCAUUGUCCCAGUGGUAAUGGCUGGAGUGCUGGGUAUUUAUGGAUUAAUCAUAGCUGUUAUUAUUAGUACAGGAAUUAACCCGAAAGCAAAAUCUUACUAUCUCUUCGAUGGGUAUGCCCACUUAUCGUCCGGCCUUGCCUGUGGCCUUGCCGGACUUUCUGCGGGAAUGGCGAUUGGAAUUGUUGGUGAUGCUGGAGUUCGGUAUGUUUUAUUUUUCUUUUCUUUUACAAGUAUUUUCUUACUUUAUCCUUUUCUUUUUCGGGCGAACGCCCAGCAACCAAGCGUGUUCGUGGGAAUGAUUCUUAUUCUGAUCUUUGCGGAAGCUCUGGGCCCUCUACGGCCUCAUCGUGGUAUCAUUCUGUCAUCUCGUGCAGGCCAAUCCCGUGCUGAUUGA